UUGCUUCCAAGUCUUUCAGUCAGCUAUGUUUCUUCUGGUCUUGGCUCAGCUCAUUAAUGUGUCUGCAGGCACCUGUGGGUUGUGUGACUAUCCUGAACUUGACUUCGUAUAAGCUGGCUAUUGGCUAGUCUAGGAUGGCCUCAGGUGGGAACACUAGCUCUCUGCAUGUAUCUCACCUGCACAUUUCUCACAUCCCUCCAGUAGGCUAGCCAUUUUCUCUUGGCACAGGUAAAGAGCAAGAGGGCAUGCCCUCUCUUUAAGCUUCUGUUAGUUUCAUAUUUACCAACAUCCCAUUGGUCAAGGCAAGUCAUAUGGCUGAACCCAGCAUGAAAGUGGAUAGAACUACAGAGUUAUAGGGCAAAAAGGACAGAUACAAGGAAGACCAUGAAUAGGAACAAUCAAGGGAAUCAAUCUAUAGGACACAUUGAUCAAUUUUUUUCUGGAAAGACAGGCUUCAUCAGAGGGUACACUAGGCUUGGGAACUGAAACAUGAUUAACAUUCACUAAAUAGGCAGCUAUUUCUUAGAACUUGAUGUGGGCUGGUUUGCCACAAUCGAUGGAAUCCUAGCAGGCUUUUCUGUGCCCAUGACAGACAGGGUUCUGUUAUUUACUAUCUUGGCUUCAUUCCUUCUGGUCAGGUACAGGGCAGCAGCCACUCCACAAAUGUUGGCAGAAUUGAAUCGAGUUUCUUACUGUGAACGAGGUGUGGACUGAAAUAGCUGAACCUGGGAGCCAAUUGUUAGAAAGAACAGUUUAGCAUCAACACUCCCAAAACAGAAAUCCUUGUAUUUGGCAGUUUCUCAUUCAUUCCUCCCACGAAUAUUUCUCGAGUGCCUGUUGUAAGCCAGGUUCUGUGUCAGAUGAUGAACAAAAUUUAGUGCCAGCUCACAGCCUGGGCUAGUAUUUACAUGGAGAAGAGUAAUAACCCUCUCCACCUGGCAAUUUACCUAACUACUUGGGGCCCCAUGUUUAAUACUAACGCAUCCAUAAAAAUGCAUCAGGAGCUGGUGUAACACAAAAUUCUGAGUAAGGUUCUCGAUGGUCAAGGAAACUAAUGACAAAAUUCUACCCUUAAAUAUUCUAAGCUAAAAUCCACGUCCAGUAGUGCAGAACUUUGGGGUCCCAACCCAGGACUUUGAGAAAAUUAUCCAAUCUCUCAAAGGCAUCGAACCUGUUGCAGGUGCUCAAGUGGAAUGAGCUUCUCUGUCUCAGUGAGAACACAAGCCAGGUUCCUGUGUCUGGAAAAACAUGUGUUCUUUGUUGUCUGUCUGUUGAUUUAUUUGAUACCUAAAAGAUUCUGGUCUCCCUAAUCAACAGUCUGUGCCCACCAGGCCAGUUCCAAUUUAACAAGAGAAUUCAGCUGUGAAGUGACUCAAGGUGGCACUUCCACGAAGCUCAGUUGAGACUGCUUCUUUUUGAGAGGAAGACAUCAUUCAGUUUCCAUUCUUCUACACAUGUGAAACCACCAAAAAAAGGAAUUUAUUUGAACUGUAUUAAGUUGAAUUAUAAGCUAUCAAGUCCAUGGUUUUUAAGGGAAAUUUCAUUUUAAGAGAAUGCAUGGAUUUCAUUUUCUGCGUACAACCUGUUUGCUUCUUUGAAUCAAAUGAUGAGAACUCCAUAUCCUAAGGUUUCCCUUUUUACUUGGGCUGCCAGGAAUUUCAGAGAUAACAUAGGCCGUUUCCUAAUUGUUAGAUACAUCUCUCUCCUUUCUUCUUUAAUUUGCCUUCUAACCUUUCUCUUCCAUGUUUCCAUUUGCCACUAGUCAUCCGUGGCUGUUGAGCACUUGACAGGUAGCAUGUCCACACCAGGACGUGCUAUGUUAAGUGUAAAAUGUCUCAAUUAUUAAUAUCAAUUAUAUGUUGAAUAUUUUGGAUAUAUUGGAUUAAAUAGAUUAAGCUUCAUCUGUUUCUCUUGACUUUUCAUGGCUACUAGAAAAUUUUAAACUAUAUACUUGAAAAAAAUUAUGUAUGUGGCCUGCAUUUGCAGUGUUUGUUAUAUUUCAGUUGAACAGCUCUGUUCCGUAAAUCAUCCCGUUUUAUGUAUGUAUUGUUGUUGUAAACUACCUCAAAUCCGUCUGGAAAGCAGAUGAAGUAUAGUAACUGCAAAGGCGAUGAUGGCAGUGGAAGCAAUGAGGAAGGGGAGGCUGACUGGGACGUGCACUUGUUGGUCUAUUUGUCUUUUGUUUGUAUGUGUCACAUUCAAAACCCCUUGGUGUAAAGUGUGUUCAGCUCUCUUCUUCCCAGGUGAGUAGUAUUCUCAUGGCUCUCUCCAGUCUCUUGAAAAUUUCUCUGUUUGAGUUCAUUGGAAUUGGAAAGGAUCUAAUAAAACAAUUCACACCACAUUGUAAAUGACUGAUAACACUGUGUUCACCCCUCUCAAGGGGUUAUUUCCAUUUUAACAGGGAACAAUCCCUGAACCCAAAGGAAUGAAUCCCUAAUGGUGGAGUUUCAGGCAUCAGUGACAGGCUGAACCCGGACUCCCAGGGCCAGUGCUUACACCUGACAAACGAUGGCCUGAGCUAUGAGCAAAGAGGACUAUAUGAACACUUCAGUGCAAGAGCCCCCUCUUGACUACUCCUUCCGAAGCAUCCAUGUGAUCCAAGAUCUGACAAGCGAGGAGCCAAGAACAGGGCUACGACCACUAAGGCACUCAAAGUCAGGAAAGUCACUGACCCAGUCCCUGUGGCUGAACAACAAUGUCCUCAAUGACCUGAAAGAUUUCAGCCAUGUGGUUUCACUGCUUCUGGAGCAUCCAGAGAACUUGGCCUGGAUCGAUCUAUCCUUCAACGACCUGUCUUCAAUUGACCCUGUCCUGACAACUUUCUUCAACCUCAGUGUCCUCUAUCUCCAUGGCAACAGCAUCCAGCGCCUGGGAGAAGUGAACAAGCUGGCUGUCCUCCCUCGACUCCGGAGCCUGACACUCCAUGGGAACCCCAUAGAGGAAGAGAAGGGGUAUAGGCAAUAUGUGCUGUGCACCCUGCCCCGUAUCACCACAUUCGACUUCAGCGGGGUCACCAAGGCAGACCGCACCACAGCUGAAGUGUGGAAGCGCAUGAACAUCAAGCCCAAGAAGUUCCGGAUCAAGCAGAAUGCACUCUGAGGUUCUCAGGCCCCAGCAGUCCUGAGAGGAUGGUCAGUUUGGUUUAACAAUAAACGAUUUGAGCAGUUGA